ACUUCCUCUCUGAGGAUGGAGCCACACAGCCGUGCUGGGAAGAGCAAAAAGUCUGCCAAAUUCCGGUCCAUUUCCCGCUCCCUGAUCCUCUGUAAUGCUAAGACCAGUGACGAUGGCUCUAGCCCUGAUGAGAGAUACCCUGAUCCCUUUGAGAUUUCGCUGGGCCAGGGCAAAGAGGGAAUUUUCCACUCAUCUGUGCAGCUGGCAGACACGUCGGAGGCUGGGCCCAGCAGCAUUCCUGAUCUAGCGCUGGCCUCGGAGGCUGCUCCACUGCCAGCAGCUGGGAGCGAUCAAGGCAAGAAGGGUAGGAGAAUGUUCUUCAUGAAGGAAUCUUCUGCAACUUCGUCUCGUGACAAGCCUGGAAAACCAGAAGCGUCCAGUAGCAACUUCCUGUUUCCUAAGGCCUGCCAUCAAAGGACACGCAGCAACUCGACCAGUGUUAACCCCUACUGCGCAGGGGACACUGAUUUUCCCAUGACCAAGAAAUCCGCCGCGUCAGCCGACCGGCAGCAACCUUAUUCGUUGUGUAGUAGCAGAAAGUCGCUCUCGCAGCAACUGGACUGUCCAGCAGCAAAGCCCGCGGGCACGUCGCGGCCAACAAGGUCCCUGAGCACAGCUCAACUCGUGCAACCAUCAGGAGGCCUCCAGGCUUCGGUCAUCUCCAACAUCGUGCUGAUGAAGGGCCAGGCGAAGGGCCUGGGCUUCAGCAUCGUUGGGGGGAAGGACAGCAUUUAUGGCCCCAUUGGGAUUUAUGUCAAAACCAUCUUCGCUGGAGGAGCAGCUGCUGCUGACGGAAGGUUACAAGAAGGUGAUGAGAUCCUGGAACUCAACGGGGAGUCGAUGGCUGGACUGACACACCAGGAUGCCCUGCAGAAGUUCAAGCAAGCCAAAAAGGGGCUGCUCACCCUCACGGUGAGGACUCGCCUGUCGGCGCCACCCGGUCUGUACAACCAGCUGUCCCCACCACUGAGCCGCUCACUGAGCUCCGGGACCUGUGGGGCCAGGGACAGCAGCUGCUUCACCCUGGACAGCCCAGUGUGCCCCGGCAGCAGUGCCAGCAAGCCCAGCUACAGGAUCAUGGUGGAGGUGUCUUUGAAGAAAGAGGCUGGUGUUGGCCUGGGCAUUGGCUUGUGCAGCGUGCCCUACUUCCAGUGCAUCUCAGGCAUCUUCGUGCACACGCUCUCCCCAGGCUCUGUGGCACAUCUGGAUGGACGGCUGCGGUGCGGUGAUGAGAUUGUGGAGGUCAACGAGUCCCCAGUGCACUGCAUGACACUCAAUGAGGUCUAUGCUGUCCUGAGCCACUGUGAUCCCGGGCCGGUCCCCAUCAUUGUCAGCCGGCAUCCAGACCCACAGGUUUCUGAGCAACAACUCAAGGAAGCCGUGGCACAGGCUGCGGAGAACAUCAAGUUUGGAAAGGAGAGGCAUCAGUGGAGUCUGGAAGGUGUGAAGAGGCUGGAGAGCAGCUGGCACGGGCGGCCCACCCUGGAAAAGGAGCGAGAGAAGAACUCAGCACCCCCACAUCGCAGGGCCCAGAAGGUCAUGAUCCGCUCCAGCAGCGACAGCAGCUACAUGUCCGGGUCCCCGGGGGGCAGCCCCAGCAGUGCUGACGGAGGUGGAGGCACAGAGAAUAGACCCUCUAAUCAGAAAGUCAGCAGGCACAGCCCCAGCCUGCACCUGGGCCAGCAGCCCGAGGUGCCUCCCUCAACUCUCUCAUCCAGACCACUCCAGGACAGCCCACCCCAGCAGCCGGAGAGCCAGGACACCCACCCACCAGUGCGGCUGAAGAAAUCCUUUGAGAUUUUUGUGAGAAAGCCCACGUCCUGCAAGCCCAAACCCCCACCCAGAAAAUACUUCAAAAGUGAUAGUGACCCCCAAAAGGGUCUAGCAGAGACGGAGAACUCUUCAAGUCCUUCUGGGCACACCUUGUCCACCUGCUGCCAGGAAGCCAGAGAGUUGCUGCCGCGACUGUCGCCUCCGCCGCCUACAACACAGGAAGACACAGCAGGGAGAACACUCCACGCGGUGGCUGUUGGCUGCCCAGGACCCGGAGCUGAAAAUCAGGCUUCGUCUUCUGCAGAAGCUGAGCCAGGGAGCAGGAGAGGAGCCAGUCCAGUAUCCCAAACGUCCCCGCUGAGGCACCCCCUGCUGAAGCGGCAGGCGCGGAUGGACUGCAGCCUCGAGACCACCGCCGAAGACCCCUGGGUGAGAAUUUCUGACUGCAUCAAAAGCCUUUUUAGCCCCAUCAUGAGUGACAACCAUGGCCACCUGCCACUGCAGCCCAACGCUAGCCUGCGUGAGGAGGACGGGCGGCAGGGCCACCUUGAGGGAACCUGUACCCCAAAGCUGGAUCCUGUUCAUGGUGUUCCCAAAGUUUGCCAGACAGCAGAAGUCAGUAGUGGUGUGAAGAAGGGGCCUCCAGUGGCCCCCAAGCCAGCUUGGUUCCGCCAAAGUUUGAAAGGAUUGAGGAGCCGUGCUCCAGAGUCCAGAAGGGUGCCGGAUGCCACAUCUGAAUUGCCAACAGUUGCCUCCAGGGAGCCUCCUGGGCUGAAUGCACGGGGACCCUCUUCCUCCUCCUCCAUCAAACAGAGAAUCAGCUCUUUUGAAAACUUCGGUUCCUCUCAACUGCCUGACAGGAGAGUUCAAAGAGUGAGCUUGCAGCCCUGCCCUGGGGAGCUGGGGAAGUCUCCUGGCAGGCCAGAGGGAGGCCGGUUUUCUGGCCUCUUGGGGCGAGGGGUUCUGCCAUCCGCUGAGCUCCAGAAGCAAGAGCCACAUCAGCAGUCUCGGGGCUCCCCUGCUGCCUCAGAGGCCAGCGACCCCGGGGUGUCUGAGUCUCCUCCCCCAGCACAGCAUCCUGGUCCACGAACUCUGCCUUCAGACCCGGACCCAUUGCAGAGACUGCUCCCAUCCCGACCCGAGGCAUCUCCAGGACCUGUUCUGAAGGUGCCGGGCCAACGGGCUCGGAGUUUUCCCCUCACCAGGACCCAGUCCUGUGAGACGAAGCCACUGGACGAAAAGAACAGCAAACUCUACUCCAUCAGCAGCCAAUUGUCAUCGGCGGUCAUGAAGUCCUUGCUGUGCCUCCCUUCGGCUGUGUCUUGGGGCCAAGCUCCUGGCAGCCCUAGGGAAGGGGCCUCGCCCAGGCCAUGCUCCCAUGAGGACCCUGCUGCCCCCGACAGCCCUGCAGAAGCCCCUGCCUCGGACACAGGGUUCUCCCUCAAUCUUGCAGAGCUGCGAGAAUACACAGAGGGCCUCGCGGAGACCCCUGAAGCUGAGGACGGGCCCCCCUGCUCUCAGCCCGGCCAGUCAGUUAUCUCCCUGCUGAGCUCCGAAGAACUGAAAAAGCUCAUUGAGGAAGUGAGAGUUCUGGACGAAGCCACCCUCAAGCAACUGGACAGCAUCCAUGUCACCAUCCUGCACAAGGAGGAGGGGGCCGGCCUGGGCUUCAGCUUGGCAGGAGGGGCCGAUCUGGAAAACAAGGUGAUUACGGUUCAUCGUGUGUUUCCCAAUGGGCUGGCCUCCCAGGAAGGGACCAUUCAGAAGGGCAAUGAGGUUCUUUCCAUCAAUGGCAAGUCCCUCAAGGGCACCACACACAACGAUGCCCUGGCCAUCCUCCGUCAAGCACGGGACCCAAGACAAGCGGUAAUUGUCACCAGGAGGCCAGCUCCGGAGGCCACGCCUGACCUCAACUCCUCCAACGACUCUGCAGCCAGCAGUGUCUCCACAGAUGCAGCCGAGGCCCCAGUUUGCACAGUGACUCUGGAGAAGACAUCCGCAGGGCUGGGCUUCAGCCUGGAGGGAGGCCGGGGCUCGCUGCACGGAGACAAGCCUAUCACGGUCAACCGGAUCUUCAAAGGGACGGCACCAGAACAGAGUGAGACGGUCCAGCCGGGAGAUGAAAUCUUGCACGUGGCCGGUACCACCCUGCAGGGUCUCACCCGCUUUGAGGCCUGGAACAUCAUCAAGGCAUUGCCUGAUGGGCCCGUCACCGUGGUCCUUAGGAGGAGAGGGCCACAGGGGACUGCGGCCACGGGGGACCCCUAGUGGAGAGCACGAGUACUGAAGGCAAAGUCAGCAGCAUGCAGCUCCCAUAACCCACAAACGGAUUCUCAGGGUCUUUCUGCUUUCCCCAUCCAGAAGGUCGGAAGCUUCCCGCUGGCUGCUGCCUGGUGUGGGGGGGCACCGAGAUCUUCUGGGAUAUACCAGCCAGCCAGAGAGCUGCCCCGGAAGGGUGGCAGAUACAGACUGUGUACAGAGAGAGCUUAAGGCUAAUAUUGAUGUCAUAAUAAAAUAAAUCUAUUAUAAUUUGAUAUUAAA